GAGGAACCUGAGGGGCGGCAGGGCAGCCAUGUCGUCGGGUACCCAGGAUAUCCGCGGAUCAGCUGUAGUGGUCGGGGGAGACGACGUCCAGCGACGAGCGAGGCCAAGCGCAAGGACGAGGAGGAGAGCGACGAAGAGGCAGGCACGCGAGUGCAGCAUCAACGCUGAGGCCCAUCCUCGCCUGCAAUCAAUUCCCAGAUCCCUCCCACAAGCCGAUCCUCUCCGAUCGCGGGGUCUCUUUCGAUCUUUCGAUCGCGCUACCGUCACCGAAUAAAUUGGCAAUAUCCGUCCCUCCCGCCGCCUCCACCACACUCAGCCCAUGCAGCCCGACACGACCCCGCCCGCACAGGCCUCGCAGCCGACCGAGGACGCGCCCGCCGCCGCUCCGGCGCAACCGCUCUCCAAAAACGCGCAAAAGCGUCUCGCAAAGGCCGCUCUCAUCGCGGAGCACAAGAAGGAACGCCGCGCAGCGGAGAAGGAGAGGCGCAAGGAAAAGAAGCGCAUCCUCGCGGAAAAGCGGGCAGCGGGCGAACUGGACGAGGACGAGGACGAGGACGCCCGGGCGAGCAAGAAACGCAGGACGGGGGCCGGGCCCAAGCGGCCCUUCAAGGCGCGGGUGGUCGUGGACCUCGGCUUCGACGACAAGAUGCAGGACAACGAGGUCAGGUCGCUCGUAUCGCAACUCGCCUACACGUACAGUGCAAACCGGAAGGCGGAGCAGCCCUUCGAACACUUGCUGUUCACGUCGCUCAACGGGCGGACGUUCACGCGCAUGGAGGGUAUGAGCAAUGCCGCAUAUAAGCGGUGGGUCAAUGCAGAGUGGUGGACGGAGGGUUACGAACGCUUAUGGGAACAAUCCGAGGCGGCGAACGGCGAGAGUUUGUCUAACGAGCAAGCUUCAACAAUCUCGGAGGGUGAGGGCACGCAAAAGGGCGCAGGACAGGUGAACGACCAGAAGGAAACUGUUGAAGGCGAAGAUGCUCCUGCAGCCAUUGGCGCAGCGGAGAGUAAAGCAGAGCAGGCCAGGCGGACUCGCGGUGACAGGGACAGACAAAAGGCAUCGUCAACAGCACCCAAGGAAUCCGUGGUGUACCUCACCGCCGACUCACAAGACGAGCUCACGGAGCUGAAAGAGGGCGAAACUUACAUCAUUGGCGGCAUAUGUGAUCAUAAUCGAUACAAGAACCUUUGUUUCGACAAGGCGGAAUCCUCCGGCAUACGCUCGGCUCGCUUACCGAUUGGGACAUACCUCGCGUCGCUGAAGACGCGCAAGGUCCUCACCGUCAACCAGACGUUCGAGAUCCUGCUCAACUGGGUGGAGACGCGGGACUGGGAACAGGCCCUCGAGGCAGUCAUUCCGAAGAGGAAGUUCAACAACGAGGGGCGGAAGAGAGGCGGGCAAGCGGGCAGAGAAGGCGAUGCGGCUGAGGACGGGGGAGGUGAUGAGGACGAGAUCGUUGUGGAUGCAGCGGAGAUGGAGGAAGCUGAGCAAGCAGAUAUGCUAGGUGCGGCUGGAAAUGAGCAGGCAGAACGGACCACAGAGAUAGCAUAAACGGAGGCUUGAAGCCUAGCUCCAUAAUGUACGAACCCGUUGUCAGAACAGCAAGGAGCAGGGUCGAUCUUGAGAGACGCACAGUACUGUGGUGUAGACUGGUGUACACAAGCGGCAUAAGAGGGCAACCAGAGAAGACUAGAGAAGA